AUGCCAUUUGGAUUCACAGGAAGCAUACAAAAGAAAAUACUAGCAUAUAUAUUAAAUAAGAUAUCCAUACUCUCAAAUGUUGAUUUAUCCGAUGUUGAUAUUUCAUUAGGGCCAAACUCUAAAUUUACAUUCCACAAAGUUAAAUUAAAUACAGAUGAUAUCAAAGUUACUAAUUUCAUAGUACAAGAGGGUUCACUGGAUGAACUAGAUAUUCAGUUGACAAUAUCUGCUGUUUUGAAUAUCGUUGCUCGCAACAUGACCGUAAUAAUUAAAUCUGAAAAAGAUCUCCUGCACUCAGUAACAGCAAACCAAGAUGAUGGCCAACUCUUGUUUUCUUUAUCCAAAAGUUUGAACGAUUUGACAACGUCUAUGAUGUUACAACUUCCCACAAGCUUGGAUUUGAAUGCACUAGAAGAAUUUAAUGAAUUCGAAGAUGAUACAGUGCGAAGUAAUGAUGCAACAGAUACAGAACUUGCCCAAACUUUGAAAAGAACUCUUAGCACAACUACUAAUGACAAUAGUGGUCAUUCAAAUAUUGAUGGUGGCAAUGCAAAUUCCAAAGGAACACAAAGUACUUUACAAAUGAUGAAGAAAAAAGUUUUGAGUAGCUUUUUGUCGAAAUUUAAACUAAAUAUUAUUGAUGUUAAAAUUAUAUUCCAGUUGGAUGAUGCUAAUGAAAAUUAUUUGGAAAUAAAAGUUGAUGAUAUAUUGUUGACAAAUGAUGAGAUGGGGACAAGAGAACUAACAUUGCAGACAUUAAAAAUUUAUAAUGCAAGGAAGAACAGCUCCAAAUAUUCCGGAUCACCAUUAGCUCAAACAUCUAUGGUAGAUUCGAUGUCUAUGUAUAUGAGUGCAAUGGAGACUUUCGAAAGCACAACCUCGCUUAAAAAUAACAGAAUUUCUUCAUCGUCAAUUAUCGAAGCUGCCGAACAAACGAUUAACAUUUUAGAAAUACUAUCAAUUGAAGGGCUAUCAUUAAAAUUAACUGGAUUUAAUGCAGUCGAUGAUUUUAAAUUUUUAAAUUCCUCAUUAACAGUCAAAAAAGUGUCAUUAUACUAUUAUAAUCUUCUGAAUUUGGAACCGGCAUUAUUCACAUUAUUACUUCGAAAUAUAUUUGCAUGUACCGAGAAGGAGAAUGAUUCUAAAGUUCAAUCUCCAGAAAAAUUUUCAAAUUAUAGAAGAUUCCAACAAGAACAGAAUAUCUCAAUAUCUGUAAAUAAGUUCACUCUUCUUCUACUGGACUUUGAGUUAAUGAUAAGCGAACAUCUUUCACUGAAGUUUGAGAAUUUUCAUUUGUCUUCUUCAGAAUUUGAUGAAUAUGAGAUUAAUAUUCAAUCAUUGGAACCAGUAAAAGUAGAUUCAAAAAUCCAAAAAAAGAAUAAUGAUUGCAAUAGUGUAAUGGAUGUCUUAAAAAUAAAAUAUUCAUCCAAUAAUGCCAUCAUUGAUGUAACUAAAGAUUUAGAAUAUUAUUUGGAUAAAACUGCAAUAUUAGAUAUUCUUAGCGCUUAUAUUAAAACUAACGCAUUGGUUGAAAGGUAUAGAAAGGUAAAUUGUUAUACUGCAUUAUCAUCAAAAGCACCAUUAAAUAUUGAGCUCAAAACGAAGACAGUUAAUAUUUAUCUGCUGCUAGAUAAUGAAAAAUUAAAAUUUGAACUUGCACCAAUACAAUUUACCAGUUCUGAUACAAAAUUUCAAUUAAAUAACAUCGAAGUUUAUAGAUGCUUGAUUAACAAUGACACAGAUCAUAUACUAACAAUUAAAAAUAUUGAGGGAAGGAACAGAUAUCCACCGAUUCAAAUACUAUCUCAAAAUACUUCAUUUAAAAAGUCAAGUAUAUUUACUAACCUUUUGCUAUCAAUUGAUGGUUUCUAUAUAAAGGAAUCGUAUCCAAAGCUUCACCGUACAAUUAAAGAAUUUAUGUCUAUGGCUUUUGAAUAUGAAUCUACUAUACCACAGAGAAAUGAUAAUGUUAAUCAUAAAUCAUGUAAACGUAGUGUUAGAGUACUAAAUUGUUCAAAUAUUAAAUUAAGGGAAACAAAAAAUGCUAAUCUGGUUUUAAAAAUAAAAACAGUUCAAUUAGAUUUGCACCAAUUUUUAAACUCGAAGUUUGGAUCCUUGAACCUAUCCUUAAAAGAAAAUGAAGUUAUUGUUAAUGAAGAUGGAGAAUUAAAUUUAUGCUCCAUAAAAGUAACAGCUUCACGACACUUCGACAAUUCAUCAUAUUCCCUAGUGAAAAGUAUAGCAAUAGACUCAAAUACUUUACCUGCAAUAAUCGUGAAUAAAUUAUCGACAAAUAAAAUACAAAUAAUUAUGAAAAACAUGGAAUUUGUUUUUUGUGCUAGUUUUAUGGAGUUAUUAGAAAAUCAUAAAGUGGCGCAUGAGCAUGAGAAGCCUAACCAUUCAGUUAAUGAAAAAUUAAUAAUCGAAGCAAGAAUGACCUACUGCUCUUUAAUAUUAAAACCAUUUAGGAUAAAACCUGCUCUAUUAAUAUUUUUUAACGAUAUUCAUUUAAAUUACAAUACUGCAAACAGUUACCUAAAAUGCAAUUCCACUGAAUCGGGUAUUUUUCUUAUUGACGAUAUAUCUCAACUAAAGAAUAAAAAAAAUACAUCCAAUAGUUGUCUUUCGGACUAUUAUUAUAAUGAAGGAUUUAUUAAUAUAGGUAAAUUUAACUUAUUAUCGGCUCAAUUAAAAUUUAAAGAUAAUGGAUCCCUCAUAAAAAUAUCAUCAGAGCUUCUCCAACUUUCGCUUUGUUCAGAUUCAUUUCAUACUUUAUUAUUUUUACUUAUUGAUUUUAAAAUCCCUUUAACAUUCCCUGAUAAUUUAAAAUAUAAAAAUGAUUUUGCGAAAAAUAUCAAUACAAUGAAAGACGUAGAUCAAUCUUUUUUUGAUCCAUCAAAAAUUAGAUUACAUACAGAUGUCGAUAAUAUUCAAAUAGACAAUGAUGGCGUGAUAAUUAAUGAAUUUCUUGAUCAAUCUUAUCCUAGUUCUGAGGUAUAUGAAAGUGGCAUUGACGCACUACCUGAAUGGGAAAGUACAACGUCAUCCUUAUUUACUUUAAGCAACUCAUUGGAGUGUGAAGAAAAUUAUAUGGAUAAUAUUUCCAGUGUUCAUUCAAGCAGGUCAACACAACCUGAAAAUUUGAACAUUGAUUUUAAUAUUAACCGUAUCUCCAUUAAAUUCUUUGACGGAUAUGAUUGGAAAUAUACUAGGAAACAAAUUAAUAAAACGAUCAAUAUAGUUGGCAAUAAGGUCAUGGAAUCAGAACAAGUUGAUGAUACCCAAAUACAAUUACAGACUACUGUUUUUGAUUCAAUAUUAAUAGCAACGACUAAGUCAGAUGUAGAUAAACUUAAAACUACUGUAAAUAAUGAUAUCCAAUCUGAGAAAAAUCCCAUUCAACCAAUUAAUAAAGCGAAUUUGAAACCUUCGAAAAUUCAUAAAAUAGCAAUUGAAGCUGAUUCAAUAUCUAUUAAAGCUGUAGUGUUCUCUAGCAUUACGCAAGAGUCAAAUAAUCAUAAUCCUAUAAUACUAAACUCUUUCGAUAUUUCUGUUGAUAAAUUUACAGUUCUGGAUAACGUUUUAGGAUCCACUUGGAAUAAAUUUUUAAGUAUGUUAAGAUAUGAAAAGUGGCCUUCUUCAAAAUCAAUGCUUAAUAUUAAAUAUUCGUCAAUAAAACCGAUAGGGUCUCUGGAGGCAGUUGAAACAAUAAUAGAUGUUGAAGCUGCUCCCUUAAGAUUACAUGUUGACCAAGGAACUCUCGAUUUUUUAUUAAGGUUUUUAGAAUUCAAAGACCCAAGAUUUGAAUUAGUUGAUGACUAUCCAGAACUGACAUUUAUACAAAAAUUUUCUUCAAAUUCAGUUAAAAUUGUUAUUGACUAUAAACCGAAAAAAUACAACUAUUCAGGCUUAAGAUCAGGUCGCUCUGAAGAACUUGUAAAUUUUUUCAUUCUCGAAGGUGCUACUGUCACACUGAAAGCUAUUAAUCUAUACGGAGUUAAUGGUUUUGAACGACUGGGUUUUGCUUUGAAAGAGAAUUGGGUUCCUGAUAUACUAUCAAACCAGUUAUCAGGUAUCAUUGGUGGAGUUAGUUCCUUGAAACCUGCUGUUACAUUAGGAUCAAAUUUUAAGUCUGCUAUAACAGUACCAGUCAGAGAAUACCGGCAAGAGGGCAAUGCCAGUAGAAGUAUAAAGAAGGGUGUUAAUAUAUUUUUCAAAACUACUGGUGGUGAUUUCAUCAGAAUUGGUGCAAAAAUGGUAUCAGGAACCCAAACCAUUUUGGAAAACACUGAAGAAUUCUUUGGUGGUAAAGGAUCUGCUGGUCGAAUAUAUAGUAUUCCUGAAACAGUGGUGAAUUUUGAUUCUAUUUUAAAAGAGGAUCAAUUGAUUGGAGGUAGUAACCCUAAGGUUAGAAAUCGUGAUCCUAGCGCUCUUGUUAUAGAUUCUACUAAAACUGAGGACGGAUAUCCAAGAGUAAUAAGUCUAUACGCAGAUCAACCCUUAAACGUCCAUCAAGGUUUAGAAGAAGCGUAUCAUGCAUUGGAAAAGAAUCUCUAUAUUGCAUACGAUACCAUCAAGGAUAAGACUAAAGUCAGCAAUGGAGAAAAUGAUUUUUCUAUAACAAACGAUUAUGGUCCGAAAUUAACUGCAUUAUCAGCUGCAAAAGCUGCUCCGAUAGCAAUAAUCAGACCAUUGAUUGGUGCCACUGAAGCUAUUUCAAAAACAUUAUUAGGUAUUUCAAAUCAAUUGGAUAAACAACAACAUUUGAAUUACGAAGAUAAAUAUAAACCACAGAUCAGGAAAUAA